AUGGAAGAUGAUGGAUCAAGAAGGCCAGAUCCGACCCUAUCAUCAGACAACACACCGGUUGGGCUAGAGCUUAUCAGUAAUGAGUACGAACCCAAUGAGGAUGAGGAGGACACUACUACCUCACCAGAUACCUUACCACUGUUCCCCACUCCUUCACAUCGAUUUUACAAGACACGCACAGGUGUAGGCUAUCGGCUCAUGGUUCGAGGUGGAAGAGUCAUCCACUUCAUCUCCCCCUACCCAGAUACUACUGUGGAGCAGGCAAUCUCGCUUCUGGUGCUCGGCACCGCCCAUCACUCAGACCUUAUUCGAUCAAUGGACAUUGACCUCUUCUUCUUGAGGAUGACCUUGAUGUAG